AUAACCAAAAAAGAACUGUACUCUACUUCAAUCGUCAUGAUUUAAUACUAAAAGAAAAGAAUAUUUUAUAUACUUCGAGAGUAGAAUCAAUGGGCAUAUAUGAAAUAAGGCAUUUAUGUAAGAACUAUGAAAAUUAUUAUCAUCUUCACAGUGUACAAUUUAGACCAAAUCUACCAUGGAUUAUUCCACUCAAUUCCUCGAUAUAAUCAACGCGACUCAUAUUCUCGUAUACGAGGCCAUCGGACAAGAGAAGCAUAUACUACUACACAUGCAUGCACAGUACGCACACACAGCGUCUAGAGUAAAUAGAGAAGAGAAGUAAAAAAUCGGAGAGUCCGUAUAAGAACGGAACGCACCGAUUCCGAUGUAGAGGCUGGAUAAUCAGAAGAAGGCUCACUGGGAAUCAUCGUCGAAAUACCGUGGAAGCAGGAGAGAUCUUCAGCAGCAGCAGCAGCAGCAUCAUGCCGAAAGCACUGGCGAAAAGUAGCGGCGGCGGUGGCGGCGAUGCCACGGCCAACGAGCGACAGCCGCUGGUCGAAAAGUCGAUGAGCCUGACGACCCGCACGGCUUACGCCCUCGGCCACGUGUUCAACGAUCUCGUCGCCGCCAUGUGGUUCUCCUACACGCUCAUCUUUCUGCAGCGGGUGGCCCUGUUCAGACCCAUCACGGCCGGCUCGCUUCUGCUACUGGGCCAAGUGGUGGACGCCCUGAUGACGCCCGUGUUCGGUAUACUCGUCGACAAGUACGCCAAGAAGAAGGCCUGGCACGUGGUGGGCAGCGUCAUGGUCACCCUGUCGUUCCCGCUGAUAUUCGGCAGCUUCGUGCGCAAUCCCAACAGCGGCCUCACCAUGUUCGUCUACGUGCUCAGCAUCAUCCUCUUUCAGACGGGCUGGGCAGCGGUGCAGAUAUCGCACCUGUCCAUGAUACCCGCGCUGACGAGCUCGUCGGCCCUCAGGGCCGAGCUCACCGCUCUUAGGUACUCGGCUCAGGUCGGCGCUGCGGUCAUCGUCUUCGUCGUGACCUGGAUCGUGCUGCCGAGCAGCUUCAUCGACGGCGUCAGGCUCGGGCCGAUCGAUCGAUUUCGGUUCCGCAACAUCGCCGUGGUGAUCACCCUACUCGGUGUCGUGGCUUCCAUCCUGUUCCACGCGUUCCUCAACGCUCGCCUCCUGGAAGCUUACACGGGCCGCAACGGCGGCUCGUCCAGCAAAGCCACGACGCCGUCGAGCGUCGAGGCCGCGGCCAUAUCGCCGGUCGAGGGCGCCGGUCUCUUCACCAGCGCCGCGCAGACCUCCAUCGGACCGCCCCAGCAGCGACGCAAAUCCUCCAUCCAGACCAACGUCCUGGCCACCGUCGCGAUGCUCUACGUGGCCAGUCGGCUGUUCAUCACCCUGGCCACGGUCUAUCUGCCGCUCUACAUCGAGGAGGUGGACGAGGGCGGCCGUCAGGCCCUCGCCACGGUGCCACUGGUCUCGUACUGCGCCUCCUUCGCCACGGCCAUGCUCAUCAAGUACAUCAAUCGCUCGUGCGGCGCUAAGCUGUGCUACCUGCUGGGCGCGGUGAUCGGCGUCGUGGCAGCGCUGGUGGUCGAGAUCGCCGGCAGCCACGUGGCGAUACUGUACGUCGUCGCCAUCCUCAUCGGCGCGGCGAGCUCCAUCACGAUGGUCACCGCGCUGUCCAUCACGGCCGAGCUGAUCGGCCCGAGGACCGAGAGCAGCGCCAUGGUCUACUCCGUGGUGACGUUCCUCGACAAGGUCAUCACCGGACUCGUCGUCAUACUCAUCGAGAAGUUGAGAUGCUUCGACAAACUGCUCUGCCCUCAUUACAAUCGAGACACGCUCGCAGCUGUGUGCGCGGCGUCCAUGGCUCUGGGCCUCGUCACUCUCUUGCUGGUGGCGCGAUGCAAGUCCAAUUGAAUCGCUGCAGCAGCUCCCGUAUAUUUUUCUUCGAUUCUUGAAGUAUAAUAUAUAAUUAUUAAGCUUUCGACCGUUCGUGUGUAUCAACGAAAUUCCGCACGUGAAUUAACUUCGACACCGAGAUGCAAGAAAUAAAUGGCAAUUUUUCCUUUCUUUUUUUUUUUUUAAUUAAGGCAAUUUUUUUUAUUAUUUUAACAGAGCAUAAUGAACAAUACAUGAACGGAUACAAAAACUUGCUGCAAUUUUGUAUGCUACCGCCAGCACGACUCAGCAUCGACUAAAAGGUAUAGCAGCAAAUUUUAUAC